AUGGAAGCAGUUGCUGCAUCUUACGCACCGGAUCACCAGCCGAUCCCCCCAUGCAAGCCAAUCAAGACGAUGCCGAAGAGAAACCACCACCACAGCCACCAUAGCUUCACAGCGAAACCGUCUCCCACGAGCACCGUCCACGGCGGAGCAGGAGGAGGAGCGGGUCAUGUGCUGCUCUUCUAUCCACCUCCUCUUUCGCGCUCUCUCUCCUUCUCUCACCCUCCUCCGUCAUCACAGCCGGUCUCCAGCCCUCUCGGCUUCAACAGCGUCCCUCCUCGUCACCACCAGGGCCAGCCACCUUUGCUCCCUUUGCCCAAACCCUACUCUUCCCUCUCUCUCCCACCCCCUAAUUCUAACGUGAAGACCAACAAGCCCCAGUCGUCGCCGCUCACCCCCAAGAAGUCUUCUCCGAAGCGGCCGAAAAGGCGAGACCCCAACAACAAAAAGAAGGACACCAAGAACCCCGUGAAAUCACCCCCCGCCCCACGUUCGGAUAACCCGUCAGCCGACGACGGGGACGCGAUUAUCGGGUCAACAUGCUCGAUGGGUCCCGACCCGGAUGAGCUCCCAAGGCACGUCUUUGUGUCCAAAGGUUCGUUGAGAGGCGAUGGGGGUUUCCGCUCGCUUGUUUUGGGAGAUUUGGAGAAGUUCUCUGGCUCUGUGAUGUACGCGAUAUCGCCUCCUCCGAGCAGCUUGCCGUUGCCCAAGUUCUCUGCUGAGGCCGAAGCAGCUCAGCUGCAACGCCGAGGCCGCCGGAGUCGACGCCGGCGCGACCGACAAUCUCCGGCGGAUCCUCCGUCUCCCCUGAACACGUUUCUGCAUACUUUCUUCCGAAGCUCAAGAAGGGACAAACUCGAGCUAAAAGGGGUCCACAUGAUCGCCCGACCUGAACCGCUUUUAGUAUGGUUUUGUUCUGGUGGUAUGGUGAUGUUUUGUGUCUCCGUGUCUGUCUGUGUGUACGUAGGUCUCUUUUGGGUGUUCUGA